CAACAUACAAAAUGAAAUAUUCAUACAGCUGUAUUUCGAAAUAUGAGUAUACAGCAUAUAUAUGAAAGUCAACUUGAAGCAUGUUGUAAUUCGUGGCUGUUUAGAGGCAACCGCUUGGGGGGGAUUCGUACUAAAAGACCAAAGUUGCCCAACUUCAACCGCCGGAUUGGAUAUAAUUAGAACAAUGUUUUUUUUUGUCUCUGUCCUGUAGAUUUGUAUCUGCUUAUACAGAUUCGACUUGUUCUUGCAUGACUUUUUUGAAUUACUUUUCAAAAUUAAUUGAGGUUGAGGGGUGGUUACUCCAGAUGAAAUGAGGCUUGUGAUCAGUAUGAACUUACUGCCUGUAAAUAGGUGAUCUAUUGAACGGUUUUGGGUGCGUCCUAUGAAAAUUAGAUCCCGUGUUGAUGAUUUCUAAUACUGGCGACGAGUCGACACUGAUUCCGGCAAUAGGCCGCUAUCCUAUAGAGCGGGUCUUGGUUUUAUUGUACACUGUAAAUACGCCUGGAACUAGAAUACAGUGUGGGUCUCUAACCUUACAGGCCCCUUUGGCUGCCAGUGUAAAUUUGACGGCACGGCGCAUCAAGUAGGCAGUUUCGUCGAUGUGCUUUCGUUAUUGUGGAACGUUAUUCUUAUUAUUAUUUGUGCUAUUCUUUCAAAUUUAUUUAGUGGCGUUUAAUUGAUGUGUGCAAUCGAGUAGUGGAUAUAUGCGUCAGAUGUGCACCAAAGUGGAUUAUGUGCUUACAUUUAAAGAACAGUGGAGUAGCAGUCUUGAGCUGCACAGACUGUAGUGGUAGCAGCACUGCCUCCAGCGACAUAACCGACCCUGGAUCUCCAUUCAGCACUGCCUCCAACCAUUCUGAGGAUUCCGGGUCCUCCCAACAGGCCACUAGAAUGCCGCCAGCCCAGUCUGCACACCAUCCGCCUUGGCCCUGGACAGCCGAAGAGGGAUCGUCGGUGAAGAGGUCGCUGGACGACAAGCCGAUGUUCACGAAGCGUCAGAAAGUUAACGACGAAUCUGCCAAAAAGCAAUCACCGACAUGCCUAAACCCGUCUGUUAAUAAGAAGGCGCCGAAAUCGAUUAUCGCUGUAGAUUCUAGUCCGACCAAUAAUAAUAAUAAUGACAUUAAUUAUACGAUUCAUCAGAAAUUGGAAGUUGUACCGAAAAUGCAACAAGGGAAAAUAACCGAGUAUUUUAAAACCCAAGUGAAAGCAAACGCGAUCCGGAAGGAACUACUGAAAAUUAAGGCGGUUGGUGCUAACAGGAUUGCGGUUAUUAAUCAGAUUAGCAAUACGGCGAAAAAUGGAUGGCGAGCAAAUGCAGCAGCGAAGAAAAUGGAGUUUGCAAAAUCUCGAAAGUUAAGCACAGCGACGGUUCCGCGAAAAAUUCUUCCGGCUCCAAGUAAACUUCACGAUCAGCUUCCUACAAGCAGUGCGAUGCAUCCCGGCAUGCAUCAGUUCACUCCCACAGUGACGCUGACUGCGCUCAGUUUUCCGCCAAACUUAACGUAUCUGCACACUAAAGCUCCGAAACCACCUGAUAGUAUUUUCGUACCUCAGUUUGCAACCAUUAGCAACGACAAAGUCAGCACCAUACCCGUCAUCAACCGGAAUCCAUGCUUGAACGUUAUUCAACCAGUACAAAAAAUUGCAACUUUGAAUAAUUUUAACUGCGUUAAACUGAACGCCACGGUAGUGCCUAUCGUCAACUUAAAUGCCUUACCUUCGAGGUUAAACGGAACUACGAAUAUCGCGAAUGUUACUCUAAGUGUUGAUACGGCAGUACCCACAGUACUACCGGCUAGGCCCAAAGUGCCAGAAGGUAGUAGUUGCUUUUCGACUGCUACCCCUACGUUAGGAAAAUACAGCCACUCAAAUCCCGAUAUUUCGUCGAUGAUUGUAAGUAGUGGGAAGCACUGUCGUACUGAAUCCACUAGGACCGAGGAACCCUAUCGAACAGAAGAAUGCCAGACGCAUCAAGAGCAUCAACCGCAAGAGCCGCCUGAUGAUAAAUGUUGGAGUGAUGGAUCCCAAAUUCGAAUAUCUAACCAAAAGCCUCCAUCACCAACUGAUUCCGAUAGUGGCAUCUCUAGCCUUGGAAGUUUGGAAAUCAAUGUAGACGAGCAGAUAAUUGAAGAGCCGAAAAAGUCUCCAAUUUUAUCUCAACCAAAGACAAUCAGGUUUCCUGCGGCUCAGCAUAAAAAGGACAAAAAUGACGGAAGAGAACUGGGAAAGAGCACAACACAAUCCAUUGCCGGCCGAUGUCGAUGGGAUGAAUGUGCGGCACAAUUUGAUACCAGUGGGGCCUUAUUAGAACAUCUGCAGGUUAAACAUGUGAUAUCUCAAUCUCAAGCCAACCAGGAACAAUAUGUAUGCCUUUGGAGAGGCUGCAAAGUGCACGGAAGGAGAUCGUGCUCAAUAUCAUGGCUCGAGAGGCACGUGUUGGCACAUGCCGGGACCAAACCGUUUAGAUGCAUUGUGGAUGGCUGUGGUCAAAGGUUUAAUUCGCAGCUGAUGUUGGAAAGGCACGUGAACAAUCACUUCAACAGCGAUGGAACACAAAGCAGCAGCGCGAAGAAAUCACUAGAAAACGGACCUGUAAAGCUAUUCAAGAGGAACGGUCGGAUUAUUAGGUUUAGGAGGCAGCCUUGGUCAGCGCGCAUGUUCGACUUUUUCGAUGGGGGAAUCAUGGAAGGUCUUCAAUACAAGCUUAUGUGUAUGACGCAAGCCCGGACUUUGGGCCAGAUUAGUGGACAUGGGGAACUCAUCCAUCUUCAGAACCAAAUAUUAGCACGAAGAACCGAUUCGGUAGGAAACAGAGAAUUGCUUGUUCGAUGGCACCCAGUUGAUGUAACCCCUGAUGAAUGGAUCUCAGAAAAAGAGUACAAACCGACAAAGGCAUUGAGAAUUCCGACAUUAUCGACCACGUCGCGCGAGGCACUGAAUCCGAUUCUGUUUCCUUCCAGCCAAAGACAGUCGGGCCAGAAGCACCGCAGAAAGCCUCUCAAAUUCACGUGAUAGUAACUUAGUAAGUAACUCUUGUACAUAGAAUGUUCAUUCCGAAACCGGAAUUCUUAACAAAGUUGUCUAAUAGUUCCGUGAACAAGUUCUUCAUUUUAAUCCAAUGUACAGAUAGAUGUCGCUUGUCUUCGUUUUCAAUUGGUUAUAUUUAGACAAUUUUAUUUUUGAAUUCUGAACAACGGGAUAUCUUAAUAUUUAUAGUAAGCGCCUUGAGUUAUAUAGCUGCCGUGGUCUUUUUUGACCACAGUGAUCUACAUUAAAUGGUCAUUAUUAUUAGGAACGCUAGUAGCAGCAGUUUAUAAUCAAAUUUAGGUUUUAUUUAUUAAUUUUGCUCUGAUAGGGGCGCAUACCUGAAAAUCAAAACCAAAACAAAAAGCCACAUGUUUUGAAACACUAUGCAAAAUCGCCGGUUUGUAUUCUUUCAAUUUCAACAUGUGAAGCUUUUAUUGACAAAUUUUAAAGACUGUUAUUUUAGACUAAGUUCAAAAGGACACAUUUAUUUACUUGAAGUAUUUAAAAUUAGUAUGAUUUUUUUAAGACUGCGACGCAUUUAGCAUUUUAAAUUAGGUUAAUUAUACAACUGCUGUUACUGACGAAAAAAUGAUAAAACUCGUCGUACAAAACCUAUCAAGAAGCGCAGAGUUGCCAGAAUGAUAAUUCACUUUAAAGUAAUAAGUCUAGUUCAUCAUCAAAAUGUGCACAUCUUAUUAUGGUCUUUAAUCAGCUCUAAAGGAACGUUCUCAUGUUCAGGCAGUAUCAGAAUCUGCAGUUUUGAAAGUAAUCAAUAUUCAUUAAGAAUUCGAAAAACACACACAAUUAGUUCAUGUCCCCAAACUCUGAUAAAAAGUUAAUCAAAAAUCACUGUUCGUUAAAAGUUCGAAAAGUACUUCUUUGUCAAAUUAGGUCCAUUUUAAAAGUCGUAUUCAUAUUUUGCAAUAUUUAUGUAAAAAUGGUUUUUUAAUUGAAACCAAACGAUAUGAAAUAAAAAUUCAAUGGCAAUGUUCAAUUAUUUCGAAACAGCAAGUAGUUUAAUCAUAUAUAAUCAUUCUUGAUUGCUGUAGCUUCUUAGAUCAUCAUAAUGAGUAUGAAAACUUAAUUGUUUCUUGUUUUGUAGUCUGCACAAAAACUUUCUUUCCUGUCUUGUAGGGUAUAGAAUUCCCUAAGAAGAAACUUUUAGAGAAUUUGGAAAGCGAUUUUUGACUUAUUUUUUAUCAUAGGCCACACUCUGUAAGAGUUUGAUCUGUACGUGGUUACUGUGCUCAGCUAAUUAAAUUAUUAUUAUUAAUUAAUAUAUUACGCCUGUAUUGAGGACAGUGUUUAUUCUGUGCACUAACAGUCUGUACAACUGAGAGAUAAAUUUUGAAGUUUCUGGGCUUUGUCGAAGAAAAUGUAUUUAUCUAUAGAUAGUUUCAGCAAACCGUGAAAAGUUAAACGUUUGUAAGAUAUUUUUUGCUAAAACCGACCUAAUCAAUAAUGAAACGAUUGACUCGCUACGAUAACAGACUCUUUGGCGCACUUUUCAAAAUUACAACAGAGUUUUGUGACUUUUGCUAUCUACAUAGAUAUGCAAAUAUUUCAUUUGCGAGUUACUUUAAAUAAUUUCUUUCUCGAAAUUUAAAACUGCAGAACAUAUAAACACAUUAGUUUGAAACAGAUGCUUUAAGGUGGAAUACAAAGAAAUAUCUACUUGUAUGUGAGUAAUAUAAAUUUUAAUUAUUUAAUAAAGUAAUUUUGCGACUCAUGGCUUUUUUGUAGGACGUCUUUUUUCAAGCUGUUCCCGCAAUAUGUAUGCCUUUUUAAAUAAGAAAACCGUUAGUUUGCCAAUAUCUAUCGGGCUAAAAUUAAUAUAUUUUUUUUUGGUAAAAUAUAAAUGAGAAGAAGAGUAUACAUCUUAACUGAAUUAAUUAUUCUAGAACUCACAAAUCUGGUAGAUUUUGUAAAACGACACAAUCAGGUAGACUUGAAGAGCGUUGUAAACAUUGGUGCGCAAAUUGUUAUUCCAAGCGAUAUAAAAUGAAACCAUAAAAUAACAUAAAAACUUUAAAUUGCCGUCGCCGUUCAAAUUGCACCCACAAAAUAUACGUUUUUACCAUUUCUAUA